CCACAGCAGUGAGAGGCCCGCCUACCGCAAAAAAAAAAAAAAAAGUAUUGAUCACAUUAUGCUAUACUUUUUGUUCAUAUUAAUCAGUCAUUUCUAUCCAUUUUAUGUGCUCCUCCAUGCAGUGAAUCUCUUUACGCAUUUGAUUCAGUGCUUGAAAGUAUAUGGAUGCCUUAAAAAGAAAGUCAAUAGAGAUUAAAUAGUUAUGCCCAUUAUUUUUAUCACUGCUUGAUUUUUUGAAAACUGCUAAUAAUUUCUUUGUUUAUAGAAUACUAAAUGUAAUUAUUGGACCAAUAUUUCCAGUGAUAAAAAGUUUAAAACAGAAAUUCUCUCAUUUACAUUCCUCAAAGUUAAUUAUUCAUUACCUUCCUUCUCCUCAAAUAUCAAGUAUUAUCAGUAGUGAUGCAUUUCCUUGUGUGUUUCUUAUCCUACCGGGCAUGAAUCAAUUAGAUUCACACACCUGAGAUGAACCCCAGGCCCCGGGGCAGCUAGGAAAUCGUUCAGGAAUGCAGACUUAUAAGUAAGCAAUUAAAGCAGGCUCUGGAGCUCUGUAAGGCAUGUGGCAUUCAUACUAGGCAACAGGUGAUAUAUUUUCCAUCACUCCUUCCUCUUGUCCCAGAUAUCUUCUCUCAAAAUAGAUGUUCUAUUCUUUUAUUCUCCCAAGUGUGUGUGUGUGUGUGUGUGUGUGUGUGUGUGUGUGUGUGUGUGUGUAUAAAACCUUUUCCUUCCUAGACAUUUUAAUGGAAGUAGGCAGAGAGUAAACAAUAACUAAAUAAGAAGUCGUGUUUGCUCAUUAUAAUUCAUCACUGAUUGUGUGAUUUUGUAAUAUAAUUCCUAUUCGGGCUCCUGAUGACUGGAUCUUGUGCUUUUCCUGUCCUUCUUCCUUUUAGAUUUUGUGUGGACUGUUUUCUCUACUGUUUUUUUCCUGAGACUUUCAAAGUGUUUCUGAAACGUGCAUCAAAGCCGCUUGUGUACUUGCCCAAAAUGUUUCUAGUCCCCACGUCUUACCCACUGCCAACAGAAUCAGGUUCUCUGGAAGAGGGACCUGGAAAUGUGCAUUUCCAACAACUACCCAUCUCCUCCCCAGGUAGUUAUCCUUCCACAGUUAUCCUUCCAGUUUAGUCUUUUUUCUGCACUUUCUCCUUAUUUGUAUAUAGAUUCCUCCAUUUUCAAGGGGAUUUGUGAGCCAGUGCAAAACAGUAUUGCUUGGUCUUGCCCACUAAGUCUAUAUCCAGCCUUAGACUUUAUCAGUAUUAGCAAUCAUCUAACCAAAAGAUCCAGCCCCGAUCUUAGUCAUUUAACACAAUCUUAGAGAGGGCCUCAGGGAUACCAUGGCGAGAAUCACACCAUUGAGUAGAUCACCGCUUAGCAUCACAAAAGUCAAAUUGUGUUGUGCGACUGAGUUGCACAUGCCUGAAAUAACAAAAACAAACAGCAACAAAAUUUCAUACUUGCUGAGUUUCUCCUUUUCAUACCUAUUUUCAAAAUUCCACGUCCCCCCAAAUUCCAGGUUCUGUGCUAUGCCUCCUUCCCACUGAAGCUGUCUCACACCACCCUCAUUCUCAUAUUAUUUAUACAUGGGAAACACUUAGAACAGGGUCUCUCACAAGUGACUCAUCUAUAAAUUUUAGUUGUUACUGUUAUUAAUAUUUUCCAAAACUACACUGAAGUAACAUCUCGGCUCGCAGAGCAAUCACAGAUGAACUGUGAAAGCCCCAGGCCUGUUCGAUUUCUCAACAGGCUGGUCCCACUUUCUGAAGCAUUCUGGGGACUUUCCUCAGUCUUCACAGCUUUAGGAGGAUUCCCCUGACCUUGUUCUGACCUCUUUACCCAAACCCUAAGGGCCCCUUAAGAGAGGACCAAACACCACAUGUCCUUGUGAGUGUUUUCUGUCUAUCGUUCUAACCUUCUUGAGGUCGUGAAAACACACCUUUUUUCUCUGAUUUAUUUUAUCUAAGUGUCUUGGACAGUUCCAUAAAUGGGUUUGUUGAUAAUAACUAUGAACGUGUUUUCUUUUAAACUAUCUCUCUGAUGAGUCUUUGGUGGCUUUAGAAAGAGAAGUUUUUGCAUAUUAGCAUAGAGUAUUAAAACCUGAAGGUUAAAUGUAUGAGGCUGACUUUGCAUGACCUCGCUGAAGCAACACUGUGCAGAAAAAAAGUCUUAAGGUUUAAAUGUCUUAAUAAAAUAAAAUACAAAACAAAAAAAGUUUAAAUGUCUUGUAUUUGAUAGGGCCACAGAAAGGCUUUUCCACCCAGUGCUAGACACAAGCUUAUGGUUCCAUAUUGUCAAUCCCAAGUCCAUAAACUUUCCAGAUUUUCCAAAGGGAUAGAUCUGUCGUUUAGGCUUGUUGGGUAGGUGGAGCAGAAAGGUCAGGUUUAUCAUUUGACUGGGUGAUAAACCUAUUUUGUAUCUGGCCUGACCAAGAAUAUUUUUUGAAAGGGACUUCUCUCUUAUCAUGUUUUUUCUCAGUUUUCUCUCAAACUGUCUUUAAAGACUGCACUUGGUUGGCAUCAAGGUGGGCUUUCACUGAGACCCCCGACUUUAAGCAAACUUCUGGGCAGAAGACCCCAGAAGAAGAUCACGAUGAGCCCUUAAUCUGAAAGAAUUGGUGGAAGAAUCCAGAGUGACAGGAAGAGCUACUUCCACCCAAGAGGGCUGGCCCGAGUGCAGUGAGUAAGCCCUCCUGGAACUCAUCUGUGAGCACAGUGCAAAGUACUUGAGGUGUGGCGAAAUCUUGUUUGAAAACCCUGAUCAGAAUGUCAAAUGUGUUUGCAUGCUAGGAGAUGUACGACUGAGGGGUCAGACGGGGGUUCCUGCUGAACGCCGCGGCUCCUACCCAUUCAUUGACUUCCGCCUCCUUAACAAUACAACACACUCAGGGGAAAUUGGCACCAAGAAAAAGGUAAAAAGACUGUUAAGCUUUCAAAGAUACUUCCAUGCAUCAAGGCUGCUUCGUGGAAUUAUACCGCAAGCCCCGCUCCACCUGCUGGAUGAAGACUACCUUGGACAAGCAAGGCAUAUGCUCUCCAAAGUGGGAAUGUGGGAUUUUGACAUUUUCUUGUUUGAUCGCUUGACAAAUGGAAACAGCCUGGUAACACUGCUGUGCCACCUCUUCAAUGCCCAUGGGCUCAUUCACCACUUCAAGUUAGAUAUGGUGACCUUACACAGGUUUUUAGUCAUGGUUCAAGAAGAUUACCACAGCCAAAACCCUUAUCACAAUGCUGUUCACGCAGCCGACGUCACCCAGGCCAUGCACUGCUACCUAAAGGAGCCAAAGCUCGCCAGCUCCCUCACACCUCUGGACAUCAUGCUUGGACUGCUGGCUGCCGCAGCCCACGAUGUUGACCAUCCAGGGGUAAACCAGCCAUUUUUGAUCAAAACAAACCACCACCUUGCCAACCUGUAUCAGAAUAUGUCUGUGCUGGAGAAUCACCACUGGCGAUCUACGAUCGGCAUGCUUCGAGAAUCAAGACUUCUGGCUCACUUGCCAAAGGAAAUGACACAGAAUAUUGAACAGCAGCUGGGCUCCUUGAUCUUGGCAACAGACAUCAACAGACAGAAUGAAUUUCUGACCAGAUUGAAAGCUCACCUCCACAAUAAAGACUUAAGCCUGGAGGAUGUACACGACAGGCACUUUAUGCUUCAGAUUGCCUUGAAGUGUGCUGACAUUUGCAAUCCUUGUAGAAUCUGGGAGAUGAGCAAGCAAUGGAGUGAAAGGGUCUGUGAAGAAUUCUACAGGCAAGGUGACCUUGAACAGAAAUUUGAACUGGAAAUUAGUCCUCUUUGCAAUCAACAGAAAGAUUCAAUCCCUAGUAUACAAAUUGGUUUCAUGACCUACAUCGUGGAGCCCCUCUUCCGUGAAUGGGCCCGUUUCACGGGACACAGCGCCCUGUCUGAGAGCAUGCUAAGCCACCUGGCGCACAACAAAGCCCAGUGGAAGAGGCUGUUGCCCAACCAGCGCAGAAGCAGCAGCGGUGGCGGUGGCAGCGGCGGCCCAGACCACACCGGCCCAGGGACCGAGGCUGAGGGGCAGACCGUGACCGAAGGCGACGCCCCGUAGUGCCAGCCAGGCCUGCCCCCUGCUCUGCACACUGAGAGUGCCAGCCUCCUCACGCAGAGGCCUCUGGGAGGGCAGAUGCUCUGAGGGGCUCCUGCCGGUAAACCCAGCCCCUCUCUGGGUGUCGUCCUGGGGCUCUUUGGAACGCCACCCUCCUCCCGCUCACCUGCCUCCCUUUUUCCAAGUGUACAGAAGCCAUCCGUCACCUCAGCAUUAGCUGCCGAGAUAAGCAGCUCCAUUCCGCCAUGAGGGAGCUGAUUCCAGGGGCCGGCUUGGCCCUCGAGGUGAAGACUGGGGAGUAAGAAAGAGGUGCUCCUGCCGUGGGCCCCUCGGGUCCUGGGUCACACUGAGACAGGCGGCACUUCCUAAGUCCAGAGCAUUUUUAGCGUUGGCCCUCGGACUGCUGAUCUGCAUGACAAAAACACCAGCAUAUUUGGAACUCCAAGGAUAUUGGUUUCAGGUGCAAGAGCACAAAUGAGAGCGUGAGAGAAAGUACCUUCUAUUUUAAUAAUAAUUAUUAUUAUAAAAAUAAUAAUAAAUCUUUUUAACUUUUCUAUUUUAUGCACUAGACAAUGGAUCUAAGACUAUGGGCAAACAUUACUCAAUGUACCCAAACUCGAACAGGGGGUUCACUGUUUUCUUACGGACUUUAUGCCACUUUGGGUCAGAGAUUUGGCAUCUUCUCAAUUAAGAAACCACGUUUCCUAUCCGAUCCAAGGGGAAGGUGCUGUACAGUUCAUUCCUCUGCACCAUUUGCCAAUCUGUCUUUUAUCGAUAACUCAGAUUCAGUGACAUGUUUAUAUUCACACCUGUACAUUCUCUGUAAAUAUCAAGCGCUACUGAUUCCCAUGCCAAAAUACAUGAGUAUUAUGGGAUUGCUACCUGUAUAAACAAUGGCACUGUGAACAGAAUACUGUUAGUUUUAAUACAAGAGAAUGCAUUUGUAAAUAUGGUAUAGAGUUUAUUAAUAUACUAUUGUUUGCAGAUAAAGGCCUUAACUUUAAACAUCUUUCAUCUUCUGUAAGCUGCCCAACUUAAAUCCUCACAGAUGUCCUUCUGAACUGCCUUCCCAUGUCCAUCUUUAUGCUUUCCAGCUAAGGUCACAAAGCAAAACUGAAUAAAGUCUUUGAGGAAAUAUUUUGGAAACUUCACAUGCAUUCCGCUUGAGACCAUAGUGUUUAAUCUGUGGCACCAAGCACUGUUUCCUCAGAUGAACAAGACCCUUCAGCAAGCCUGAAGUCACUUUCAACACAGCGAUGUUGCACUCUGUUUUAACAAGCCAGCUGAUAAGCUUGUGUUUAUACGACUCUUGUCAUGGACAUGGCAGUGUGUCAGCCUCGCGGGACACAUAGCAGGUCUCACAAACCUUCCGUGACCCCAUCAUCUAUCCAUCAGGGACUUCCCUGCUCCCCUAGCACGCUGUCGUCUGUUCUGGCUACAGUACCAAAGCAUCUCUGGUUUAUGGUUGGCGUGCAUUUCUUUGGUGUCAAUAGUAACUGGAUUUUCCUUUUUCCUUCAUUUCAUGUGAACAACUACGCAACUGUUUAGCAGACGUUAACAUAACUUAAGGAAAGAAAAUAUUUCAGUUGUCUGAUAGAAUUUACCUUCCUGGGUAGGUUUUUGUUGCCAUUUUUUCUGCAUAUACUUGGCCGGAAAAUCAAUUUAUUACAGCAUUCUUCUCUAGUCUGCUAAACUCUGUGCAUUGAACAUUUUCUUUAUAAGUUCUAGCAUAACUAAUGUUAGAUGAAAAUUGGCAAUGCCCCCUUUCUUUUUACCUUA